AUGACCACCGAGGACACCGCUUCCAAUAUUCCAAAUAAACAAGGCUCAUCAGCCCUUCAAAUGGGGCCCCGAAAAAAAGCCUCCACAUCUGAUCCGCUCGUCUCCCAUGGACGACACUUUGGUCGAACAGUAUUUGCACUGUGCAACUACUCUUCACUGCUCACCAAUGGUAUCUUGAGACUCGAGCAGAUGGAAGAUACUCCGCUGGAGCACUUUUCCUCCGAAGAGUGGAGAGAACACCGUGUCUUUGAGCAGCUCUUAGAUUCAUACCCUGGCCUUCUGGAGCGAUUGAAAAAUGGGUCCGAAGAGGACAUUCUUCACAUCAGAGAGCUAGUACAUCGUUCUCUGCAUGGCUGGAAGGCAAAAACAUUGAAGUCCACAGUGCUUGAUUGGAUUUCCCCGAAAGGAGAAGCGAUCCAGCCUUUUUUACACAGAAAUUCAAAGAUCGACUGUGGCUUCAACCAUGAACUUACAGGGUCCUUACUUUGUCCCGCUGGACUAGACUGGAAUGACUCACAGACCAAAGAAAAUCUCCGAAGUGGCGAAAUGUUAGUCUGCGGAGAUCAAUGGCCCAUCUUUGUGUACACCCACCAGACUUAUGACCCUGAUGAUCCGUGGUGUGGUCUCCUCAGGAGCCACUUGCUUGUAUCAGCUUACAAGCACGUCUUCACAUCUCCAAGUUCAGUUGAGAAGGAACCGAAAGCCACGCGAUCCAGAAAUGCUCGCCUCCACAGCAUGAACUCUGUCACCAUUGCUUCUCUAGCUUAUAUCACAACUCAGGUUCAGUUGCACCAUACUUUUUUUCGCUCAUCCUCGGUGUUCUCAAGGACUGACACAGCUACUGACUCAGAGACAUUUUACCAUAGCCUCCUUGAUCUCCUGGAGGACCCUGAUGAAUCAAGAGAAGUCGAUGAGUUACUGAUGUGGUGGAAUCGACAAGUCUUUCCCACUUCUGCCACUGCCAAACGACCUAUCACCGCCAACAGCGCGUUAUCGAAGAUCCAACAAAAAUGUCUUGCGUUAAAACAGAUGUCGAAUCCGAACAUAGUUUCUUCAUAG